CUGCAGAAACAUCUGCUCCAACAACACCUGCUACAACAAUAACUCCAGCAGAAACAACUCUUGUCCUGACAACAACCUUUGCUUCUACAACAAGUGCACAAAUAGCUGCUACAAUAACAACACCUGCAGAAAUGACAACUUCUACUUCUCCAACUGCGCAAACAGCACCAGCUUCAACAACAUUAAUAGCUACUGCUACAACAACUGCACAAACAACACCUGCAGAAAUGAGAACUCCUGAUCCGACAACAACAGCUCUUGCUUCUACAACAACUGCACAAACAACAACUUCAACAACAACACCUAUACCUGCUACAACAAUUGUAGCACAUACAACUCUUGCUGCAACAACACCUGCAACCACUACAACACCUGCAGAAACCACAACUCCUGUUCUGACAACUCCUGCUACAACUAUUGCACAGACAACAACUGUAGCAGAUACAACACCUGCUUCUACAAGUGCAGUAGCCACAACUCCUGUUCUGACAACUACACAAGCAACACCAGCUUCAACAACAGCUGUAGCAGAUACAACACCUGCUUCAACAACAGCAACAGCUAGUCCUUCAACAACUGCACAAACAACGACAUCUGCCCCAACAACUUCUGCCACUACAACAUCUACUCCUUCGACUGCCCCAACAACACCUGUAGAAACUACAACUUCUGUUCCAGCAACAGCAAUUGCACAAACAAUGACACCUCUUCCAACAAUGUCUGCCACUACAACACCUGCACAAAUGACACCUGCCCCAUCAACAACACCUUCAGAAAUUACAACUCCUGUCUCAACAACAGCAACUGUACAGAGAUCAACACCUUCUCCGACAUCUCCUGUCCCAACAACACCUGCAGAAACUACAACUCCUGUUUCACCAACAACAACACCUACUCCUGCAACAACUUCACAAACAACACCACCUGCAGCAAUGACAAUCUCUACACCAACAACAACAGCUGAGGUAUCAACAGCUGCCCCAACAACAACUCCAACAGCAUCACCUGCCCCAACAACAUCUGUAGAAACUACAACUCCUUUUCCAGCAACAGCAAUUGCACAAACAAUGACACCUGCUCCAACAACAGCAACUGUAGUAACUACAACUCCUGUUCCACCAACAACACCUGCUCAUAUAACAACUGCACAAACAACAGCUGGGGCAUCAACAGCUACAACCACAACAACAGCAUCAGCAACAACAUCUCCUGGCCCAACAGCAGCAUCAUCAGCAACAACACCUGCUUUGACAACACCAGCAGCUACAACUCCUGGGGUACUACCAACCACUGUUACAAUGACAACAACAGCUGUGCCAACAACAACAACAGCAGCACCUGCUUUGACAACACCUGCAGCAGCUGUUCUUCCUGGGGCUCCAACAAACAAUGUUACAAUGACAACAACAGCAAUAACAACAACACCUGUUCCAACAAUGACUACAGAGAAUACAACAACCACCUUGGCUCCUGAACCAGUUUACACUGUCACUGCAGACUUGCCAAAUGAACUAUUUACAGAUGAUCUUAAUAACCGAAGCAGCAGUAAAUUUAAAGAUCUUGAGCAACGAGUUGUAGGGGCGUGUAAUUUCAUAUACAGAAGGAGAUUUGGUUCUCGGUUUAACCGGUGCUUUGUGAAAGAAUUCAGGGCUGCUCCAACAGGCCGAACACGAGCAAACAUAACUCAAGCAGAAAUUGGUAUUGCGUUCAAUCCAACUAAUAACACUGAAGAACUCCCACGGAACAGUGUCAUAGCUGAAGUCUUAGUACAAGCUGUAAAUACUUCCAGUGAUAUGUUAAACGUGACCAUAAGUGCCGGCACAAUCACAUUAACAGCUGGUCCAGUUGCAGAUUCAGCGACAACUGCUAUACCUACAACUGCCAAUCUUACAAGUGCUUCACUUGCAACUGCCAACCCUACAACUGCUGCAACUACAGCUGCCAACCCUACAACUGCUGCAACUACAACUGCCAGUUCCACCACUGCUGCAACUACCACUGCCAGUACUACAACUGCUGCAACUACCACUGCCAGUUCCACUACUGCUGCAACUACAACUGUAGCACUCACAAUUAGGCGGGUGACUUUCAGAUCUGUUCUGGACACAUUUACAAAUGACUUGUGGGACACCUCAUCAGCUGCUUUUCGAAACCGGGCCUCUAUGAUAAAGACACAGCUUGAGCCUUUGUUCCAAAAGGAAUUCCCAUCUUCCUUCAAUUCACUGGACGUGGUGGCAUUCAGAAAUGGAUCAAUCAUCAAUGACAUGAACCUUAGAUUCCAAAGCACAUCUGUUCCUAAUAACACUCAGAUUGCGAGUGUUUUGCUCAAUGCAACUGUCACCGGCUUUGAUAUCGAAGGCAGCUCCAUCACUGUGAAUGGCAUACCUUCAAGUGGAGUAAGCCACAACAUAAGUCUCGUCACUGCAUCCUUCCUGGUGCUGUUGUCAUGGCUACUGUCAAACCAACAGUAGCUGACUUCCCUAACAUGACUGCUGUGUCUGGUAUGAGAAAGGACUUCAGAUUAAUUCACUAUCAAACUGAACUCUGCACUGAUCACACAGAUUGAUGACAAUCCUGAUGAUAAUCCUGGGAUGUCAGAAAAUAAUUGCACUAUCACACUAUUAAUGUAAAAAUGUAUCCUGCUUCACUAAGUACUGUUCUAUAGCAAUAUUUAAGUGUUAGUUACUAAUUCUGCUUUUUCUAAACUUUUCUAAACUCAUGUAAAAUUAAUGUUUAGAUUUGGGUCUUAAUUUAAAUGAAGGAACACAUGCAGGUCAUAGUGUGCUUCACACUCCAACCUCACAUAAAUUAAUCAAAGGUCAUAGUUCACAACAUAUAUCAAGAAUCAAGAGUCUUUAUUGUCAUUAUGCGAGCAUAACGGAAUUUUAUAUAUAUACAUAUAUAUGUAAUGUCAUUUUUCUUAUUUAUACAAAGUUUAUUUAUGUAAUCAUGCAUAGCUUUAUUCUGUGAGAUGUCUGGUAGAUUUUACUAUU